AUGGUUCAUAUUGGAGAAACUUUAGAGGUUCUUAAACUAGAAAAAGUUGGAUUUACAGCCUGGCCAGAUUGGCUUGCCCAGUUCGAACACUUAAAUGAUUUAGACCUAGCAGACAAUGCCAUCUCCUCCAUACCAGACAAUGCCUUUGAUACAUUUUAUAACCUAAUGACUUUGACACUUAGUGGCAACAAUUUCACUGCAGUUCCAAAAGCCUUGGCAAAGUUAACAAAUCUGACAACAUUAAACUUAGAGAACAACAACAUCUCCAACAUUACCUGGCUCCCUCAGUCCAGUAAACUGACCAGCUUAUCCCUGGACAGUAACCGAAUCUCUGACGCCGAACAUCUCAGCAAUGUCCUUCGCACUUACGCUGACUCGCUAAACUCGUUAGCUCUCCCAUUUAAUCAGCUGAAGGCUAUUCCCAGAUCUGUCGUUCGUGGUAGACUUCUGGUUCUGUGA